UCUCGUCUCCAGCAGUCACUUUGACCUGUUUUCUUCCUCUGGUUGUCACAAGUCUGCCAGCAUGUCCCGCUGUCUGUCUCUGGCUCGACUCGUGCUCGGGUCCUCCCGCGGGGCCGGUUCACGGCUGGUGUUACACCCCGGCGGGCCGAGCAGCCGCGCCGCCUCACGCUCCCUCUGCGGCGGCUUGCAGGUUGCACAGCAGCAGAGAGGGAGCAGUCGCCACAGGCUGACGAGGUCGCAGCUGUCCGGCCUUGGCUUCAGCCAACAGUCUUACUACAGCACGCAGGAGGUGGAGAAAGAGCCCGAAGAGGAGCCUCUGCACAACAUCAUCAGUGAUACUGAAUCAGUGCAAGGCAGUUUGUCGGAACAUGAAUUCCAGGCUGAAACAAAAAAACUGCUUGACAUUGUUGCCAGAUCCUUGUAUUCUGAGAAGGAGGUGUUCAUCAGGGAGCUGAUCUCUAAUGGCAGCGACGCUCUGGAAAAGCUGCGGCACAAACUGAUGACAGCAGGAGGGGAAACGGCUCAGAUGGAGGUCCACCUGCAGACUGACGCUGCAAAGGGAACUUUUACCAUCCAGGAUACGGGAGUUGGAAUGAGCAAAGACGAGUUGGUAGCCAACCUGGGAACCAUCGCCCGCUCGGGUUCCAAGGCAUUCUUGGAUGCGCUGCAGAACCAAGCCGAGGCCAGCAGCUCCAUCAUUGGUCAGUUUGGAGUGGGUUUCUACUCUUCUUUCAUGGUGGCCGACCGAGUGGACGUCUUCUCCCGCUCGGCAGAGCCUGAUGCACCUGGUUACAAAUGGUCCUCAGAUGGCUCUGGAGUAUUUGAGAUUGCUGAAGCGAGCGGUGUCGUUCAAGGAACAAAAAUCGUGCUCCACCUCAAAGACGACUGCAAAGAGUUUUCCGUUGAAGACCGAGUUAAAGAGGUGGUGACAAAGUACAGCAACUUUGUGAGCUUCCCUAUCUUCCUGAAUGGACGGAGGCUCAACACACUACAGGCAUUGUGGAUGAUGGAGCCAAAGCAGAUCAGUGACUGGCAGCACGAGGAGUUCUACCGCUACAUCGCUCAGACCUACGACAAGCCCCGCUACACCCUGCACUACCGCGCUGACGCCCCGCUCAACAUCCGGAGCAUCUUUUAUGUCCCUGACGCGAAGCCGAGCAUGUUUGACGUGAGCAGGGAAAUGGGCUCCAGUGUGGCUCUGUACAGCAGGAAGGUCCUGAUCCAGACCAAAGCCGCCGACAUCCUGCCCAAGUGGCUGCGCUUCCUUCGAGGUGUGGUGGACAGUGAGGACAUCCCCCUGAACCUGAGCAGAGAGCUGCUGCAGGAGAGCGCCCUCAUCAGGAAGCUUCGGGAUGUUUUGCAGCAGAGGGUGAUCCGCUUCCUGCUGGACCAGUGCAAGAAGGAGCCGGAGAAGUACAGCAAGUUCUUCGACGACUACGGGCUGUUCAUGAGGGAGGGAAUUGUCACCACUCAAGAGCAAGAUGUCAAGGAGGACAUUGCAAAGCUGUUGAGGUACGAGUCAUCAGCUUUGCCUGCCGGCCAGCAGACAAAUCUGAUGGAGUACGCUUCCCGUAUGCAAGCCGGCACACGCAACAUCUACUACCUGUGUGCCCCCAACCGACACCUGGCAGAGCACUCGCCAUACUACGAGGCCAUGAAGAAGAAGGACAUGGAGGUGCUGUUCUGCUAUGAGCAGUUUGAUGAGCUGACCCUGCUGCACCUCAGGGAGUUUGACAAGAAGAAGCUGAUCUCAGUGGAGACCGACAUCGUGGUGGAUCACUACAAAGAGGAGAAGUUUGAAGACAGCACACCAGCAUCUGAGCGUCUGACACAGGAGCAUGCCGAUGACCUGAUGGCCUGGAUGAAGAAUGCUUUGGGUCCCAGAGUCACCAACAUAAAGCUGACUCCUCGUCUGGACACCCACCCUGCCAUGAUCACAGUGCUGGAAAUGGGCGCCGCACGCCACUUCCUCCGCACCCAGCAGCUGGCCAGGACCGCGGAGGAGAGAGCUCAGAUCCUGCAGCCCACUCUGGAGAUCAAUUCAGGACAUAAACUGAUCAAGAAGAUGCACGCACUGAAGGACACAGACUCUGAACUGGCAGGAUUGCUACUGGAACAGAUCUACGACAAUGCCAUGAUCGCUGCAGGCUUGAACGAUGAUCCACGGCCGAUGAUUUCCCGUCUGAAUGACCUCUUGACUAAAGCUUUGGAGAAGCACUGACAGUGACAUUCAGACUGAUUCACUUUUGACAAGUGGCCUGUAGACUGAAGCGGUUAAAAGGUCAGCAGAGACUGGAGUGCGAUUUCUGAAAAACACUGCAGGCCCUUGAUCAUCUGAAGCCAUACAAAUCACCUCCCUCUCCUCUGGAGUGCUUCGUUCCUCAUGAUGCGGCACAGUUGGAGGCUCAAGAAGGAAAUCAUGAAAAGAAAAAUGAACUGCUGGAAGCUUCUCCAUUUACAGCCUUGUAUUUUUAUGUUCUGUGUUUGGUACAAUUUUGUAAGUUUCUGUUCUAGUAAUGAAUCAGAAGAGCUAUCUCCAGAAAACAGAGGCCAUGGUUAAUUUAGUCUUUCAUGUCCCAGUAAUGCCUGAACAUUAUAAUGUAUACAUUGUUCUCAAACUCUGUUACGGUUAAAAUAAACAGAUUAAGUGAUGGACAUCAUAGACAGACAUUUUUUUUUGUUGGAUAUGCAAAACAUCAACUGCUAAAACUACACUGUAGUUUUCCCCUUUUUGAUUUGUUUUGGGUACAUAAAAACAGAAAUGUUUAAGAAUGUGGUGUACAGCUGUCAAUACUCAACCCUGCAUACCAGUAAUGGUAAAUAUACUUAAACUCUUAUUUAAGUGAAAAGACAUGGAUUCAUCCUGGUGUCAGUUUAAUAAAGAGGUAAACUGAACUUGUUUAAAAUACAUUUUACUGCAUGUCAAGUAACAUUUCUUCUAUGAGGGUCAAAACAUGAUAAACCUCAGCUUCAAGUCGUCAUCCUGCUUGCAGUCAGUCUGAGUAUUCAGACUUGAUCGAAGUGCAGUGUUAAGGCAAGAGUUCAAGUGAAGUGAUUCUUGUUAGCUUUUGCAGUCAGCGUCCCAGCGCCGUCAGUCUGUUUAAGCCACAUCAGGGUACGUGGAGCCAUCACACUUGGUGCCGGGGCUGCUUCUUUCUUUCUUUGAGCCAUCCUACUUCAUGUUUCACCUCAUGACUGGCCAAGAGCAUCUAAUCCCCUUCAGAGUGUCAGGAGAGCUUGUCUAUGUUGGCGAGGAAGCGCUUGGCCCACCAUUCAUCCAGAUCUAUGGGUACAAAGCCUGAGGAGGGAGAAAAGGUGUUUAUGUACAUUAUACUCUAGGAAACUGUUGCAAAGAAAAAAUAAAUGUAAUUAAAAGUU